ACCCUCAAACUCCACUCUGCAACCACCCUUUCUUCUCUCCUCCACCACCGCCGCCGCGCCGCCAAUCUCCUCCUCCCUCAACCGCGGUAACAAAAGAAUAAGAAGAAGAUGAAGAACAACAUCGGCACCAACACACGGCUCAUACUUCUCCACCCUUACAUCCAAAAACAAGGCGGCUCAAGCCGUCUCUGGAUUCUCGCUUUCGUUUCCUUCUUCACCAUCGCUUGUCUCCUCGCCUUCAUUUACACGCGAGACUACUCCAUAAUCACCGCCACCACCUCCUCCUUCGUCGCCGCCGCCGCCUCCGGCGGCGGCGGCGGCGCCACUCCCGCGCUGUCGAAGUCCAUCGUCAGGGCGCUCGUCCACUACGCCUCCAUCUCCAACAACACCGACCGGAUGUCGUACGCCGACAUCAAACAAAUCUCCGACGUCCUCCGCCAGUGCGGCUCCCACCCCUGCAACUUCCUCGUCUUCGGCCUCACCCACGAAACGCUCCUCUGGCGGACCCUCAACCACCACGGCCGGACGGUGUUCAUCGACGAGAGCCGGUACUACGCCGCCUACGUCGAGGAAAAGUACCCGGAGAUCGAAGUCUACGACGUGCAAUACUCGACCAAGUUAAGCGAGAUGAAGGAGCUAAUCUCCGGCGUGAAAGAACAAGCCCGCAACGAGUGCCGGCCGGUCCAGAACCUUCUAUUCUCGGAGUGCAAGCUCGGGCUGAACGAUCUCCCCAACCAGCUGUACGAGGUGGACUGGGAUGUGAUAUUGGUCGACGGGCCACGCGGGUAUUGGCCGGAGGCGCCGGGGAGAAUGUCGGCGAUAUUCACCGCCGGAGUUCUCGCCCGUAGCAAGAAAGGCGGCAACCCGAAAACGCACGUUCUGGUUCACGAUUACAAUCAGAAAUCGGACAGAAUCGCGAGCGAGGAGUUCUUGUGUAGAGAAAACUUGGUGGAGACGAAGGGCAUGGUUGGUCAUUUUGUGGUGGAAGUCAUGGAUGCUAACAACUUCAACUUCUGUCGGAGCCACAACGCAUCAUCAUCGUCGUCGUCUUAGUUUUGUCGGACAUGAUCAUCGGUCUGAUCGAUCUUCAUUCUUCACAUUAUUAUUGUUUCGAUUCAUAAAAGCAUAAAAGGGGGGAUAGUGGACUGGGAAUGGGGAUAUAAUUUAAAAUUUGUCAAAUUUUGAACCUUUUUGUCCUUUUCUAGACAUGGGGAUUCCGUCAAAAUAAUUUUCUGUGUAUUUACUAUUGAAUUGGAAAGAACAUAUUUGUUUAAUUAUUUCUACAAUUAUAUAUA